ACAACACUCACUAUAACUACAAUAUUGUAAAUAAUAAUAACAAAUAAUUGCCAAAACAUUUCAAAUAUUGUUUUUUCGCUGAAAUCUUCACACAAUUUAAUGGCAAAUCUUUUGUACAAAAAUCUGGGUUUUUAUAAGAUACCCGUAACGAAGACUUUGUUAUCAUCACUGGUGUUGAGUUGUGGCGCUCUUCAGGUGCCGGUCCUCACAGACUACAGACACCUCUUCUUCUUCAGCGUCGAUGACAUUCUCGUCAGACAUAAGUUAUGGCCACUGUUUGUAUCGAAGUUGGCAUUCAUUGACAUGAAAGACAUGUCAUAUCUGUUGACGUGUUUCACCAUUUCAUCGCUUCUGGAGUUGUGUUUAGUAUUGGCUUUGAAUGCAAUGAAUGUCACAAACAUUCAAUACCUAACGCCCGGACCAUUUAAUAUAAUAUUUGCACUUUUUGUCAACUAUUACGUGGAUAUCCCGGCCCUCAACACUACAUAUGUGUUGGGAAUUCCUAUUAAUACUAAAACAUUGACAUAUCUUCUCGGACUUCAGGCGAUGAUAUCGUCAAAUAGUAGUAUUGUUGGCGCGAUCUCUGGUAUCAUCACUGGUUUGAUCUGUCGAUGGAAUGUCUUCCGCGUCUGCGAUGUCAUCAAAAUUCCCAAAUCUGUGGCUUCGGGUGUGAGUCGACUGUUCGGUCGGCUGUUGUGUUCGGGACCGCCGGCCGAGAGUCCCAUACAAAUGGGCGCUACAUUUAAUAUAAUAUUUGCACUUUUUGUCAACUAUUACGUGGAUAUCCCGGCGCUUAACACUACAUAUUUGUUGGGAAUUCCUAUUAAUACUAAAACAUUGACAUAUCUUCUCGGUCUUCAGGCGAUGAUAUCGUCAAAUAGUAGUAUUGUUGGUGCGAUCUCUGGUAUCAUCACUGGUUUGAUCUGUCGAUGGAAUGUCUUCCACGUCUGCGAUGUCAUCAAAAUUCCCAAAUCUGUGGCUUCGGGUGUGAGUCGACUGUUCGGUCGGCUGUUGUGUUCGGGACCGCCGGCCGAGAGUCCCAUACAAAUGGGCGCUACGUUUGAGAUCCAAAGGCAACAACAGAUUGAAUUACUGGAACAACAAAUGCUAUUCAAUAGAUAUUCAGACAUUAAUACCAGAAAUGAUUUGAAUGUCAUUCCAAACCAACGAACAAAUGACUUAAGCGCUCAGACAUCGACUUCCAGUAAUUCAGAAGCAAUUGUGGCCACAAAUGCCGAAAGUGUGACCGCUUUGGUUGAGAUGGGAUUUAGCCGACAGAACGUGGUUCGAGCUCUGGAGCGGUCCAACAACGACAUGAAUUUGGCCACAAAUAUACUUCUCAGCGAAACAUAAAAUGUUAUUCAUUUAAAGGUUUUAUAUAAAUAUUUAUUUAAGUCUUAAAGACAGA